GGAGUUUCUUUCGGUCGAAAGCACUCUCUUGGACUAGAGAGCGACUAGCUCACUGCUCAGUUGCAUUCCGUUUCUCUUUAUUUUUUAUUUUUGAGGGUUUCUCCUUAAAAUCUCAUCAAAAUUCCUCCCUUCCUUCCGCUCUUCAACGCUAUCACUUCCUCCGUUGCCCUUACUCUCUUUCUCUUGCGGUCAAAGCCCCCCCCUUCUCCUCUCUCUCUCUCUCUCUAAUCUCCUUGUAGGGUUUAGGGUUUAGGGUUUUUGCUAAACCACUAAAGUUUGUUCCUUUCGCUAAUUUGGCUUGCCAUAUUUCAUAUUAUGCAAUUUGAAAUUCACUGUAAGUAAAACAAUGGUUGAGAAACCCAAGGACCCGGAGAAGAGCUAUAUAACCGAAGAAGAUACAGUCAAUCUCUUACACAGGUACCAGGCAGCGAAUGUGUUGCAAUUGCUGCAGGAAGUGGCGCAUUCCCAGGACGUAAAGAUAGAUUGGAAUCGAUUGGUGGAGAAGACUUCAACUGGAAUUUCCAAUGCCAGGGAGUAUCAGAUGCUUUGGCGCCAUUUAGCUUAUAGUGAAGCUUUUGUUGACAACUUCGACAAUGGGGCUCAACCUGUGGAUGAUGACAGCGAUUUAGAACAUGAAUUGGAAGCUUUUCCUGCUGUUAGUGGUGAAGAUUCAACAGAAGCUGCAGCAUGUGUGAAGGUUCUAAUGGCCUCUGGCUUACCAAGUGACUCAACUCAUCGCAGUGGUGCAACAGUUGAGGCUCCAUUGACCAUAAAUAUACCCAAUGGCCAGCCAUCUAGAACUCAUCAAAAUUCACAACCGCCUUGUUCAAUGCAAGGGAUGAACAUUACAGUUCCGGUUUCUGUUCAGAAACAGCCCCUCCUUGCAAUGACAACGUCUACAGGGGCAACUGCUGAAGGAGGUGAUGCAAAUGGAUCAGCUAGCAAUAACAUGGCUCCUCGGAAGAAAAGAAAAAAGUGGUCUGAGGCUGAGGAUUUGGAACUGAUUGCUGGUGUGCGGAGAUAUGGUGAAGGAAAUUGGGCAAAUAUCUUAAGAGGAGAUUUCAAAGGGGAGAGAACUGCUAAUCAGCUAUCUCAGAGGUGGAAAUAUAUUAGGAAGCAUCAUCAUCAAGACUUGAAUGUGGGAGGCAACUCUAGUAAUAAACUUUCAGAAGCACAGUUGGCAACUCGCCAUGCAAUGUCGUUAGCCCUGAAUAUGCCAAGCAUAACAGCUAACACAAUUGGCACAGCUGGGACAAAUACACACAGUAAAUUUGGUGGAACAAAUGCAACUACCAACUCUGUGCCUAGCACUGCUGCUGAAGAAGAACUGCAGUCUCAACAAGGCCUUAAGCCAGCAAAGCCAUAUCAAAUGGGAUUAUUGGGUUCAACAUCAAAAUCUCAAUUAACCUCCAAGAAAACCUUGACAAAGCCUAAUUCCAAUACUGAUGGUAUGGUAAGAGCCACUGCGGUUGCUGCUGGGGCACGGAUUGCUUCUCCUUCAGAUGCUGCAUCACUGCUCAAGGCUGCUCAGGCAAAGAAUGCUGUCCAUGUCUUGCCUACAGGUGGUUCUUCUAUCCAAUCGUCCUUACCUGGUAGCAUGCGUACACAACCAGAGCCUCAUCCUAAUUUACAUUAUAUGCAUACGGGUUUGGCUGCUACGCCAGCUUCUACCCCUCUAUCCACUGCUGUCACUCCCAAUGCCACACACCCUGGGUCUUUAAAAGCUCUCCCUCAGACGAGUCAGCACGCUCCAACUAAUAGCACAUUGCUAUCCAAACAGAUCAAGGAUGUUAGCUGUAGUCUGGAUUCUGAGCCGGGCUGCACUCCAACAGAGCAGGUCCAAGAUGGAGCAGUUAUCUCUGAGAAUGGACAGAAUGAAGAAGGUCAAAAGGAUAAAGUGGAUUCACCUGACCAGAAAGCUGAGUUAAAAAAUUUAUCAACUAGUGCUGAGAAUCUAGUUGGUUCGUUGGACAUCAAAGGAGAUGACACUGAUAAUAUAGCUGGCAUAGGUGUACAAUCUGAAGAGAGACAAAGUGCAAAAGAUAAUGAGACUUUAUGUUCACUCAAAGGUGAUGAUCCAUUUGCAGCUGACAGUUGUGAAAACCAAAGUGCAAGUGAGCAGCAGAUAGGUCUUGUGAGCAUUGUAGGAGAUGGAUGCAAUGGAAAACAGGUUUUAGGCAAAGAGGAGACUGGUAUUAAGAUCUAGUGGAAGAUGAAGAUUAGAGUAUAUUGUAAAGAUUGUGGUGUAAAUUUUCUUAAAACAAUCUUUUGGUAAUUUUAGGGUGGAUGGAUAGUGUUUGUCAAUGAUGUAAAUUUUGGAUGGUGAUGGCGUUCUUGCACUGCAUUACAUUAUUCAAUUCAUUUUGAGCUUCAUGUUGAAUUA